GCUCCGCCGCGAAUACACGUAAUAACGGCUUCUCCACGCCGGCCGAACGCGCGCGUUUCGAACGUAGUGCACCACUCGCGACCGGUACGAGCCGAUGAGCGACACCCGUAGUGCUGUGUGACUUGAAGUGAAAACUCAGUGCAGGCAUGUGCCAGUGAUGGAUUACUCCGCCGCCGUUGUUUGCUGACGGGGCCGAUUCCCGUAUAUGCCCAGGCGCCGGUAGCGGACGCGCCAGUAUGCGCGCCCCCGCGGUGCUGCUCGCCCUGCUAGGGUUUCUACCCCAGGUGCUAACGUCUGGUUCCUUCGAGCUUAGGAUAAAAAGUUUUACGAACUCACUGGGUAGGUUAAGUAGUGGGCAGUGCUGUGAUGGUUCCUCUAGUGAUGCGCCGUGCUUGGCGCCGUGCAGGACUAAAUUUCGCGUGUGCCUCAAAAUUUAUCAAGCUAAUAUCGAUACGACAUCCCCGUGUACGUUCGGUGAUAUCACUACGCCAGUGCUCGGUGGAAAUUCCUUGGAUGUGCCUAAUCUUAAUGUGGAAGGAUUUACCAACCCCAUCGUCUUCCCCUUCGACUUCACGUGGCCGGGCACCUUCUCUCUAAUAGUCGAAGCGUGGCACGACACGAACGACACGUCGAGAUCUGACGAUACGCUGAUCGCCCGCAUGACGAAGCAGAGUGUUGCAGACGUGGGUCGGCCGUGGAUUGAAGAGGAGCAGCGAUGGGGGGGAGUCGGGGGGGCUCACCUGAGGUUAUCCUACCGGGUGACGUGUGCUGCCCACUACUACGGCAACGGCUGCGAGGUGCUGUGCAGGCCGAGGGACGACGCCUUCGGGCAUUACACCUGCUCGCCCGCCGGCGAGAUCGUUUGCCGACCCGGCUGGACCGGCGAUUACUGCUCGAAACCGCGCUGCCUGCCGGGCUGCGACGCCGAGCACGGCCACUGCCUCAAGCCCGACGAGUGCAUAUGCCACUCGGGCUGGGUGGGCGAGCUGUGCGACCAGUGCGAGCGGCACCCCGGCUGCGUGCACGGCACCUGUGCGCGCCCCUGGGACUGCAUCUGCGAGGAGGGCUGGGGCGGGCUGUUCUGCAACCAGGACCUCAACUACUGCACCAACCACCGGCCGUGCCGCAACGGCGGCGUGUGCCACAACACCGGCCAGGGCUCCUACACGUGCGUCUGCCCCGACGAGUACACCGGCCCCGACUGCGAGAAGUCGCGCAGCUCGUGCACCGAGCGGCCCUGCCUCAACGGCGGCGCGUGCGUGCCCGACGACGGCGGCGAGAUGGCGUGCGCCUGCCCCGCCGGCUACGAGGGCGCGCGCUGCGAGACGCGCCGCCUCACCUGCGCCGACCGCCCCUGCCGCAACGGCGGCGCCUGCGAGCCCCGCGCCGCCGGCUACGCGUGCGUCUGCCCGCCCGGCUUCACCGGCGCCGACUGCGCCGUCGAGGCCGACCCCUGCGCCGGCGCGCCCUGCCGGAACGGCGCCACCUGCUCGCGCGCCGGCGACGGCUUCCGCUGCUCCUGCCGGCCCGGCUUCCGGGGGAACCGGUGCGAGAUCGACAUCGACGACUGCGACGGCGUGGUAUGCGAGCACGGCGGCACGUGCGUCGACCUGGUGGCCGGCCAGCGCUGCCAGUGCGCGCCCGGCUUCCUCGGCCCGCGCUGCGAGACGCGCGUCGACCUCUGCCUGACGAAGCCGUGCGCGAACGGCGGCGAGUGCCUCGUGCUGGACAACGACUACGAGUGCCGCUGCCGGCCGGGCUUCGCGGGCAAGGACUGCAGCGUGGACGUGGACGAGUGCGCGUCGGCGCCGUGUCGCAACGGCGGGACGUGCCGGGACCACGUGGACGGCUACCAGUGCGCGUGCCCGGCGGGUUGGGGCGGGCGGUCGUGCGGCGUGUCGCUGGCCGAGUACGCGGCGGCGCGGCCGGCCGGCGGGCACCUGCGGCGGGUGGGGGACGAGGCGGGGGAGGGGGAGAGCCUGUCGGGGCGGCACGUGGCGCUGAUCGCGGCGCUGUCGGCGGCGGUGCCGGCGGCGGCGCUGGCGGCGGCGGGCGCGGUGGCGUGCGUGCGCCGGCGGCGGAAGCGCGCGCAGAGCGCGGCGGACGCGGAGGCGCGCGCGCAGAACGCAGCCAACGCGGGCGGCGGCGGGCGCGUGAUCCGCAACACGUGGGGCAAGUGCGAGGGCCCCGUGCCCGAGUGCCAGAACGCGCACAACGCCGCCGCAGAGGAGUGCAAGCGGAAAACGCUCAACACCGAGAGCGCCGCGCGCCUGCUGGCCGCGCUCGACCCGCGCCUCUCGCGCCUCUCCACAGACUCCGCCUACUGCGCUAGCAGUGACACGUCGCUAGUGAAGCGCGCGCUCGAGGGCGGGGGGGUGUACGUGCUGGACGAGCACUGCCUGCCGCCGACGUUCGCGACGCAAGUGUAGUGCUCCCGCGCUCUGGACUAUUAUUUAUUCGCAACGGACGCUCGUGCGAUCUAGGCUGUGCGCCGCGUGUACAUAUAGCGUAACCUGUAAAGUGACCCCCUGUAUAGACGGCUAGAUGUAAGUUCGGAUAUAUUUAUUGAGAUAAAGUUUCGCCCGCCGCUGUAAAUAUUGAUGGCGAUAUUUUGACCCUCUAUCGGCAAGCGUCGCCGACGGCGCUUCGCGUCGAGCCCGCCGGCGGGCCCGGCAGAGUGGGCCCGUGCCCCGGGCCUGGGCGAGUGCGCGGCGAGGACCGCGCUUGCCGUGGGGUGUGGUGGACCCGCGUCCACCGUCUGCGAUCUCUGUAGGUAACUGUGAACCGCGGUCCGCGCGACUCGGUCCGACGCGCGGACGCGCAGAGGGACGUCCGACCGUUCGCCCGUCCUGCCCCCUCCCGUUCUACUCCGAAAGAAGUGUAAACGUCAGCUCCGAAUUUAAAUUUCGAACUCGCGAGACGAUUUUGAAAAUCGAAUUCGCGGCUGACGUCGGCCGCCCGAUAAAAAAUAGAGGAAGCCAUUAUGAUUCUGUAUCGAUUCUGUGAUGUUCACGCCCCGUUGUACUUUAUUUUAGACUCGCACCGUAGAAACCGACCCGUGCGUUUUUAGACUAAUUUUUAUAGCGCAAAUUGUGCGUCUAUUUUUUACGUUGAUUUACUUCGUGAUUGACUAUUUAUGGCCAUCGUUCCUAUGAUUACGAUCGUCGAUCGUCCUACAAAAAUCUUGCUCCGGUUUUCGUGAAAAUCGACAUAGAUUUUUCAUUACUCCUCGAUCGGUAUAGCUCCUCGGGCGAGCGCCAUCCCUGCGUCCUCCGCGCCGCCGCGGGGAGGAGCCAGGGGUCGCGCCGCGCCGACCCAACGCACGAAAUUAGUCCAUAGGUUUAAAAUAUCUGAGUACUUAUAAGAAACAAAACGUCGAAACCUAAGUCAUUGUGUAUAAAAAGAACUACUAAGUUUUAGCGAUAAGUGUAUCCUCCAUUACUUUGGUAACUGCGACAAUAUUGUGAUCAGGCGACAUGAGACACGGUGGCGCUGGUUGUUUUAACUUAUUUAUUGCGAUCGCGGGGAGGGCGGAUCCCCCCGGGCGGCGCCCCCGGCCCGAGCGGCGCGGGGCGGCGCCCUGCCGCGGAUCCGGCCGACUGUUUAUGGUAAAUUGCAGAUUUAAGGACGUUUGUAGAUAUUAGGUUGUUAAGUCGGUCUCUCAUGUCGCCUCGCCACGCUUAUAGGAUAAUUUAAAGGUUUAAUCGACAAAAUUGUAAAAUUUAUAUCAAACUAUUAAUAGACUGAUCGUAUUGAUGUUCUUUUGUUUAAUUUUGUAAGAUGACAAAUUGUAAUAUUGAAUUAUGUGAAUUAUGAGAGUAGCGACCGUCGUCGCAUCUGUAUUCUGUUGUACUUAAAAGUCGAAUGUUGCCUUUCAUUUUUCUUUUUUGGAUUUAAUUUUAAUGAUAUAGGUAUUUAAUGAUUAUUUCCCGGACCAAUAA